AUGCAGUCCACGAUCCAGCAAGAUUCCAUCCCCAACCGGAUUCGAGAACCUCCAGUAUCUACAACGCAACCACGAGACCUCUCCUCCAGUGAAUCCCACCAACCGCCGGAUCCCAACCCAGAUGCCGUCUCGGAUUCAUCUUGGAAACCAAGAUUCGACCGUCGCCAAAGCUGGAGCCAUGAAGACCAGAAACACCAGCUGCAGGAACGACUGCUGAACGUCGAGCAAGGACGCGAGACGGGGUUUACGGAGAAGGGAUCGGUCCCUCAAUCAACCUAG